GUGGCAUUAUGGCAUGCCGUGCUACCUUUGCCCAGCAACUGUUUUUAUUAUUUUAAAAAGGUGGGGAAGAGGAAGACUAAAACAUAAGUAUCACUAGCAGGCACCUGCUUCAUUGUAAAACUUCUGUACAGGUUUGGCUUUGGAACAAACAAUAAAAAUGGCUAAGUGGAGUAGCUGCAUCAUAGUGAUGAAGUUUCUCUGUGUGGCGUUCUUCUCAAAUGCACAUUCUGUUACUGUAUCUGAAGCCAAGACCCUCAAAGGUUCCCAGAGACAUCUUCUGGGGGUGACAGGUCCCUUAGCCACAAACACAACUUUAACAGAAGCAGGGAGCCCACAGUCUCCCCAAUGGUCCUAUCUGGCGUUAGGAUUGGGCACACUCCUCCUCCUCUCCCUCCUCAUUGUUAUGGCUGUGAAGUUUCGGCUCUUUCACCGCUUUCUGGCCAGCUACAGGCACUCCCUGCUCCAGGAGACAGACGGGGUCAGUCAGUAUAGCCCGGAGGACGUCUCAUUUCCAAACGUGUCCGGUCAAAUGGGAGUGGUGGGAGGCACUCAGAGGGGGGUGGAGGAUGACGACGACGGCUUCAUCGAGGAUAACUACAUCCAAACCAGUGAGAAAGACAGGGCUGAGAGAGAAAGCAGGGAAGGGGAGGAGGAGGAAGACAGCGAUGAUGAUCUGCAGUUCACCAUUGGUUGAUUAUAAUCAGAAUUACUGAAAAACCGCUGGUUCACAACUGAGAUGAGCAUUUUCUGUCUGUGGUUUACGAAGAAUUCUGUCAGACAUUAAUGUGUGGUUUUGCACCCAUUUGAUGAUACACUUUGCAAUUCAUGCAUUUCUCAUUUGACCCAUGUCAUGAGUAGUUUAACUUUGCUCUGUUUGAAACCUCCAGCUCAUUAAAAUGAUUCAGUGUAGUUACGACACACUACGCAAAACCAGCUACAAACACUUUAUCAAACUGGGAAGGCCAGUUUUUACUGUACUGGGUUUUUAUUUAACUAGACGAGGUAUGUAUAAUCUGGUAAUAAAGUUGAUUAGCUUGCAGUUGCUUUCCUUAUAUGUACUCUGACCGUGCUUCUUUUAAAGUCACAAUGUUUCCUUUUGUUGCACAAUUUAAAUUAUUUUAUUUGAAGAUGUUAUUUACAACUCUGCCUUGAAGAUUAAAGCAGUGGUCUAUAACCGUUGUAUGAAGAGCUUAAAAAUCACACAAAAUUAUUGUUUGUACUUUGUUCCACUUUUGCAGCAUAAACACUUUAAAACAGUUUAAUGUACAUGUCAAAAACAGAAAGGUGUACUUUUAAGUCUCAUUUAAAUUUCCUGCCUAGGUGAUCGUGGUUUAAAAAUGAAAAAAUGACUAACACUCCAUCAUAUUCCUUAUAGUCUUAUUGAUCACGUGUUUUGGCUGGCAUAUUUAUGAAAUCUUCUAUCCGAAUAAAUUCAUUCAUUCCUUAAAAUCUGAA